AUAAGCGGAGGAUGGCUGUAUAAUUUGAUAUCUUCGGGACUCAAAAGGUGUUCCGCCUGCAGUUCUUUAGCCAUCCAAAUUCGAACCUACUUUGAUGGAAGAAGCCGCCGAUGCGAAGGCCAGGAAGACUGGUGUUCGCCUGUGUUGCCUCUGUGACCAGAGAAGGGCUGCUCUUAAAAGACCUAAAACUCUAGAGCAGAUUUGCAGGGAGUGUUUUUAUAAGGUGUUUGAGGAAGAGAUACACCAGGUGAUUGUUGAAAACCAGCUAUUCAAGCCUGGUGACCGUGUUGCUAUUGGUGCCUCUGGUGGUAAAGAUUCUACAGUCCUUGCUUAUGUGUUAUCUGAAUUAAAUCACCGGCAUAAUUAUGGCCUCGACCUCUUCUUAUUGUCUGUUGACGAAGGCAUAACUGGUUACAGGGAUGACUCGCUUGAAACUGUCAAAAGAAAUGAAAUUCAGUAUGGGUUGCCCUUGAAGAUUGUUUCCUACAAGGAUUUGUACGGAUGGACAAUGGAUGAGAUUGUGAAGAUGAUUGGUUUAAAGAAUAAUUGCACAUUUUGUGGUGUUUUUCGUCGUCAGGCCCUUGAUCGAGGUGCUGCAUUGUUGAAAGUAGACAAGGUUGCUACUGGACAUAAUGCAGAUGAUAUUGCUGAAACAGUUCUUUUGAAUAUAUUGCGAGGGGAUAUUGCUAGACUGAGUAGAUGCACUUCAAUAACAACUGGUGAAGAUGGACCAAUUCCAAGAUGCAAGCCUUUCAAGUACACCUAUGAGAAGGAGAUUGUUAUGUAUGCUUAUUUCAAGAGGCUGGACUACUUCUCCACAGAAUGCAUAUAUUCUCCAAAUGCAUAUCGUGGUUUUGCUCGUGAGUUUAUUAAAGAUUUGGAGAGUAUAAGACCUAGGGCCAUACUUGACAUCAUUAAAUCAGGGGAGGAUUUCAGAAUAUCCACUAAUACAAAAAUGCCGGAGCAGGGGACUUGUGAACGUUGUGGUUACAUUUCAAGCCAGAAAUGGUGUAAAGCUUGUGUUUUACUUGAGGGACUGAACCGGGGUUUGCCUAAGCUGGGCAUUGGACGAAGCCGAGGCCUUGAUAAUGAUGGCAGAAAGGAUGUCAAACACAGUACUGGAACAAAAAAUAUUGAGAGCAAACAAUGUGGAACUUUGGAUUUCUGAUGUAAAUUGCAUAUCCUUUCAUCAUAGAAAAGUUUUUGCAGUUGAUCAUGAUGCCAAUAGCAAGCUAGUAGAGCUUGUGCUUGCUUCUGCAGCCUUAUCAUCACUGGGACGUGAUUAUUGGAAUUGAUUGAAAUGUAUUACUUGGAAUAGAGUUUGUAGUUGAAGAUGCAUCCUUUGUGAGAUAGGUGAGGCGUGCCAGAAACGACAAGAGCCACUAUCAAGAAGUUUCCUUUUCUUCCUUCCUUUCUUUUUGGUUAUUUAGAUAUCCAAAUUAAUAGUAGAGAUUUUUGGAAAAGAACGAAACUCGUGUAGGAGGAAUUUUUGCAGCCUUUGGUAUGGGGACUAGGGGGAAAUGAAUUGAUCAUUUGCAUCAACUAGGUUGCUCUUUCUAUUCGUCUCGAGGCAUAAUCCUCGAAAGAAUAUUCUAAUGAUUUUGGUAUUAAAUUUAACAAUACCAUUGUCUUUUAUUGUUUACCACUAUGAUAACAAAUAAACUUCUAUGUUGAUUUUUGUAUUUCUUUUCAA